CCGCGCACCCGGAUACCCUGGGCCCGGCGGCGGGCGAGGCAGCUGAGCUCGCCGCCGACGGGCGCUUCGCAGGCCGAUAGUGCGGGGCAGGGGCCUGACACUGGGACGCUGGGCCUCAGGACCCCGGGGAGAAAGUGGGGGCGGACCAGAGAGGACGCAGACUCCAGUCACCACCGCCUUAGAGGCAACAGCGUAGCGCCUCCGCGCCGCACAGCCUGUCGGGAGCCGCCCCUCCCGCUGGUCAACGGGCGGGAAGGAGGACAUUUCCGGCGUUUUGAUUGUCUUUACGGAAGGGGUGGAGCUACCUGAUCUCGGCCUUCUCGAUCGGCGGGGGCAGGACGAGUGACAGUCCUCAGUCCUUCGGCCCGCGCUAAGCUCCGCCCCUGCGCCGGAAGGAGGCGGGCGGGAGGUCACGUGACGCCAGGGCUGGCGGAGGAGAAAGGGGCGGGGCCUCCUCGGGUCACGUGCGGCAGGAAGUGGCGCUUGCUGUGGAGUUUUCGAGAUGGGGACCUCCUUGGACAUCAAGAUUAAAAGAGCGAAUAAGGUUUAUCACGCCGGGGAAAUGCUGUCUGGCGUGGUGGUCAUAUUUGGGAAGGACCCCAUCCAGCACCAGGGCGUCUCCCUGACGGCGGAAGGGACCGUGAACCUCCAGCUCAGCGCCAAGAGCGUGGGUGUGUUCGAAGCUUUCUAUAACUCGGUGAAGCCCAUCCAGAUCAUCAGCAGCACCAUGGAGAUGGUGAAGCCCGGCAAGUUCCCCAGCGGCAAGACGGAAAUCCCCUUCGAGUUCCCUCUGCAGGGGAAGGGCAGCAAGGUCCUGUACGAGACCUACCACGGCGUGUUCGUCAGCAUUCAGUACACCCUGCGCUGUGACAUGAAGCGGUCUCUGUUGGCCAAGGACCUAACGAAGACCUGUGAAUUCAUCGUUCACUCUGCUCCUCAGAAGGGGAAACUGACUCCGAGUCCUGUGGACUUCACCAUCACACCUGAAACCUUACAGAACGUCAAAGAGAGAGCCUUGCUCCCCAAAUUCCUCAUCAGAGGACACCUCAACUCAACCAACUGCGUUAUCACACAGCCGCUCACAGGGGAGCUGGUGGUGGAGAGCUCGGAGGCCGCCAUCAGGAGCAUCGAGCUGCAGCUGGUCCGCGUGGAGACGUGCGGGUGUGCAGAAGGGUACGCCCGCGAUGCCACAGAGAUCCAGAAUAUUCAGAUCGCUGAUGGGGACGUGUGUCGGAGCCUCUCAGUCCCCAUAUACAUGGUCUUCCCCCGGCUGUUCACCUGCCCGACGCUGGAGACCACCAACUUCAGAGUGGAAUUUGAGGUCAACAUCGUCGUGCUCCUUCAAGGCGACCACCUCAUCGCGGAGAACUUCCCACUGAAGCUCUGCAGGGUGUAGCUCAGGAGGUUACUGACCCAAGGGAGGCCAGGCGGAGACGCGGCCGGCAGCGACACGGGCAGUGUUGUGGAUGAUUCUGUGUCAGAAGUGGACCCGAGCCCUGGGAUGACAAUCACCUGUGUCCUCCUUCCUUGAGGCUCUGCGUCUAGUGAUGCCUCUUGUCAGACUUUUCUUUGAAAUCCAUCAGGAUUCCUUAAUGUUCUCGGCAAGAUCACUUCCCAGAAAGCAGAAUGUCCUGACUCAUGGCUUCCCUGCUCCCUUCAGGGCCCGAGGACAUGGAGCAGCAGUGUGACUUUGCUGCUACCAAGUGAGGCCCUGGGGUCAGGGACACCCUCCCUGGCCUGUAACAGGUGUGGCCUCAGGACAGCAGAGGACACAUUCGGUGACAGGCAUGCUCGCCGCUGUGACGUGAGCAGGUACCCGCCAAGGAGUGCAGAGCUGCCUCCACUGGAAAUCCGUCGCAUGUUCCCCGCUGUGUUCUGUAGUCUUUUACAUUUUUCACAGUAACUUUAAAAGUUUUAGAAAACUGGAAAAAAGUAUCCCUUGCUCUCCUAGAAGUGAGGGGACUCGGUGACAUGGCCGGUGCUGCAGUGUUCCUCAGUCUCGGGAACGGGUGUAAAGUCGUGUGCGGCUGUGUUCCCAGGACGUGUGUACACGCAGGGUGACUCGGGGACGUGUGUCCGCGCCUGAUGCUGUUGGGGGUUCUGCAUAGCAGGAGACGGUCGGUGUGCCCGGGCGGUGGGUGACGACCUGCCUCCGACCCACCGAGGGACCUGUGUUCAGGCCAGGGGCUCUGGGCCUGAAGCCAUUCCUCCUCAGCCUCCCUGUGCGGUCCACGGUGUAUUGUGCGCCUGUCACGGCCCAUUUCUUCCUUCCAACCCUGCCACUCUCGUCAGUCCACGGUCGUCGAGGCCUCGGAAGUAGGUCCUGUGCCUCGCAUGCACCUGGCCUUCCCUGCUGCGCAGGUUCCGCAGGGUGGGCUCUGGCUGACAGCCCAGGCCGUGCCGCCAUCGUCCGGGGACAGCGUCUGUGAUGCUGAGGACAGACAGCCCUGACUCAGGCACAGCUUUAUCCCACGGCAUCACCAGGGAAAGUGAUACAGCUUACUCACUGGGUCAUCUAAAGGUUGGUUCCCACAGUAAAGUUCUGGCUUAUAAAUCUCCUUCUACGCUCACAUGACUGUAACGAUCUGUUUUUGAUGAUGUGUUUGAAGUAGCAGAAAACAAAGGCCAUACUUCUGGGAAAUUUCAAAGGGAGAAAUCAUUUUUAAUAAAACAAAGCUAAAUGAGAAUUUCGAGAAA